AUUGAAGUAUGCGCUGAAGAUGUCGCCUAGUUGCGGGCGAUGAAAGCUUCAUAAAUUAACUAUCCAGCUUAGGGAACACAAUCACAUCAUAAAUCAAAUACAACUUCCAGUCGUGUAGAAAUAAAGUGAGUUACACACUCUUCAGAUUUGUCAUACAUCAUCAUCAACAUGACGACCGACGAUAUCGUCAUCAUCAUCAUCGUGUAUCGUGACUAUGCUAAAAUACAUACUCUAGUAUAAUGGGUACACAAACACGAACGCCCACACACGCACACACACACACACACAAAAACCCAUAGUAAAACACAAACUUAUGAAAGUAUAUACUUUCAUUCUCAUUAACUCAAAAUAUUAUUCUAUGCAGAUUUUAAAGUAUUGACCACAUAUCUCAUAUUGGUAUCCCUUGGUAGUUGAUUUGUAAUCCCCACCCAUUACACAUUUAUUUUUACUGAAAUACUAAAAGAAGAGAGAGAAUAAUCGGAAUUGAUGACGCUGCUUGUCCUAGUAGAAGGAAUCAUGUAAUUAUCUGGAUAAAUUAAUUAAUCGAUUGAUAUUAUGCCAAGAUCGAAAGUGAGAUAUGCCUUUAAAGUAUUGAAUGUGAUAACUGGGAUCAUUUGUUUCGCUGUGUUACUUCUUGGCGGUAUUCUACUAUGGUCAAAAGUUAGUGUGAAUAUUAUGCAACCUCGGUUGAUGAAGUUAAGAAUACAGAUUAACUUCAAUAGUGCACCAUUGCGGAAUGGGUUGAAAUAUACUGUUAGAAAUUUACUCAAUCCGGUUUUCUUCCCAGCCAUUAUCACAUCAGCCUGUUAUGUAUGCUUAUGCGUAUAUGGAUACUUUAUAUCGUUUAAUCGAAGUGUAACAUUUUUUCUCAUAUAUGAAGUCCUGUUCUCAGUUUGUGUCAUUGUACACUUCUCUAUGUUAGUUGCAUUUUUGAGGGAUUCAACUUCUAUCGUUAAACAUGUGGAACGAGAUUUAGAAAAGUUGGUUAAUGCCUAUGUGUCUUUAUCCAGCAUGAAACCGGACAGUUUAUUCCUUGGUUACAUUAUGAUCCAUCUACAAUGCUGUGGAUUCAGAGAUGAAUAUGACUUUUACGAUUCAACCCACUUUGCUUAUGAAGACGUUUAUGAUGGUGUUAAAUAUGAAAACGUAUUCUUACCAGUUCCAUGCUGUAAAAUGAACAGUACUUAUCAAUUAUUGAAUCCUCAUUGUCCAAUAGGCAAUUUAACAAGUAUUCAUCAAUAUACUAAAGGAUGUCGUCAGCCAUUUUCAAGCACUUUUGUACGCUAUGUAGUAUACUUCGCCUAUAGUUCUACCCUUGUCAUCAUACUUGGAGAUUAUGAUUUCAAGUCUUUGCAUAACUGCUUCUGCAAUCAAACCUGAUAUUGGCGAUCCCAUAAGUGUUCCUUUAACUUGUUCAUAUAUUUGGCCAAAUAUAUCAAAUCCACGCACCUGAGCUACAAGUCUUCUUUGUCAUGUCUACAUUACUUAAACUCUGCAAUAAUUGCUACUCUUUUGUGUUUCCCUUCACCAUACUAUAUCAAGAGAACAUUAGAUUCAAUACCUCUAUAACACGCUAAAAUUUCCCUACUGAUUGUAUCGACAAUACUGUUUGAAACAAACCCACUGUCGUUGCUAUUAUUAUUAUUAUUAUUAUUAA